AUGGCGUCCAACAAGAUCAUCCUCAAGAGCUCCGACGGUGAAUCCUUCGAGGUAGACGAAGCCGUUGAUGUUGAGUCCCAGCCAGCGUGGACGACUGCGCCAGUAACGGAACCCUGCUUCCUAAUGUCACCGGAGCCAGCCACCUUAGCCAAGGUUAUUAAGUACUGUAAGAGCAUGUUGAGGCCGCUGCUGACAAGGAUUUUUUGUGGGUCCACUGAGAACGAUAAGCUUAAGACUUGGGAUACCGAAUUCGUCAAAGUCGAUCAGCCUACACUCUUUGAUCUCAUCCUCGCGGCCUCAACGUGUUUCUUACAGUACUCAAUAACCUCAGCCAAGCCCUCGAUCAUGAGGCUGACGGCGCUGAAGCCACACCUCCAUUAUCACUCUACAUUAGAUGAAUUCAUGGGUUGUAAAUUUUAUUAA